CCUUACCUGACCUCUACCUUAAGGUAGUGGCCGUGGUGGCUUAUCGAUAACGGUCCGCCAUCGACAUCAUUUUCUUAGGUUGAGGUACUGACGAAGCUCUUCAGCUUACAAAUUCCUCCCAACCAAAAUUCGAACACUGUCCGACAUUGCGCGCACUUGGGCAGAUCACCCCAUUCAAAGUCCCUUGUCGCAUCCAUUUUCUUUCUAUAGGGCCCGUUGAUAUUAGUCUCGCUUCUCGCGACAAGGGCGAAACUCUCGCGCAGUAUUAUCGCCAUGGCCGACGCCGAGCGAGACCCUCAAUUAAGCAGCGUCAUAGCUCCCGCGACGACGGCGGCAGCUGAGCAGCCCAAGCCUUUACCAAAGGGGAUGGUCUUGGGCCCAGAUGGCAAACCAUGUCGGUCUUGCUCGUCCAAGAGUGCUUUUUCAAGCUGGGCUUCUCAGAUGAACGGCUCGGUCAAAAAACCAACUUCGGUGGCCUCGGCGCCUGUCGACGACUGCCCCCCGGAUGUCGAGGCCCUCGGACGAGGCACUUGGCAACUGCUACACUCGAUCGCAGCAACGUACCCCGAAAAGCCCUCCCCUAGCCAGAAAGACGACCUUCGAGGUUUCAUGAGACUGUUUUCCAAGCUUUACCCUUGCUGGGUGUGCGCCGAAGAUUUCCAAUCGUACAUACAAAAAGAACAGAUUCGAGUGGAGGGGCGGAGCGAGUUUGGAAACUGGCUGUGCGAGGCACACAACGAGGUCAAUCGGAAGCUGGGCAAAAAGGAGUUUGACUGCAGCAAAUGGGAAGAGCGAUGGCGGACGGGUUGGAAAGACGGCCGUUGCGAUUGAAAGCGACGCCGUUCGAGCUGUAUAAAUGUGUACAAAACAAGAUGACCAACGGCGACAGGCACACGUGCCAGUAUCGCGAGAAAAGCCACGGUCGUUGAACUUUGAUAGAUGAUGCUACUCUUCCAGCGGCAGCAGAGCAAGACAGCAUGCUGAACCGCAUGUAGACUAAGGUACCUACCAUACCCUCCACCUAGAAUAGAAUAAUAGUGAAACAAGCGUACUACAUUUCUGUAAAGUUUUGUGCAGAUUGUGUUGCAUGUAAGCAUUUACUGCUUACCAAGGGUUGGGCGUUGUUGCUUGUAGCUGGUUGGGGUGAAGAAUGACGGAUUCCUAUCUUUGUAGACCCUUAUGCAUACAGAUCUUUGUGAUGCUUUUCCGAUUAGACAUUGCUGAUCUCCAGAACAUGAUCUGAUAUUUGCAGGAUUCUAUCCAGGCAGGUGAAUGGGCCAAUGGCAGAGCUGAACUGUCUAGUCGAUGGUCGAUCAAGUAUUUUGUCUGGAGAACUUGUCCCCAAAUUCAGAGAAGAGGUCUGUCGUUCUCUUCGGUCACCCUCAGGUUCGGGGCUGAGGUCCAAGCGAUUUGUCCGAAUGGCACCGCGAGAUAAUUCGGUCUUCGAGCGGCGGCCCGAAGUCGAGCGUAGCGGGCCCCGGGGCCCGGCUCCGCAGCUGACAGGCGCACGAUGCUCAAUGGUACUUCCAUUGCGGUUUAUUUGGGCCGUUGCGCCGUAGCAGGGCCGAUAGGCUGGGGCCAACAUCAGAUCAUGUCGAACGGUGCGCCUCUCCCCUUUCCCCCCAGUUUGCGCACGACACGACAGGAAGGGGCGGUCAGGGAAACCCGGAAGCGAGGCAAUAACCCCCCAUGGAAUUGUCUGAGUCGUUCUAGUGCAUCGCCGCUGAUCCUUGAGGUUCCAAGCUCAUGUUAUGGUCUUAUGUUGGCUCAAAGCAGAAUGCGAAGGUUCCAGGUUUGGCUAAAA